AUGAAUCACCAUCAUAACCAUAAACCCAAUGGCGAAUGUGGUCACGAAUGCAACCACCAUCAAGUAGAUUCAGUAACUCAGUCGUUGGAUGAAUUAAAUUUCGAAAGAGGAAUUUGGGGAUCAAUUAUAAAUUCAGAUUAUAAAAAAGUAGAACAAUUAUUAGAUAAAAAAUCAUCACUAGCCAACUCAGUAGAUUCAUCAGGAUAUUAUCCACUUCACUAUGCAGUUAGAUCAGAUAGUAAUAAUAAUAUUGUAAAGCUAUUAUUGGAUAAUGGUGCCGAUGUAAAUUGUAAAACUCAAGGCGGUGCAACACCAUUACACAGAUCAUCAUUUUGUGGUUCGUUAAAAAAUACCAAAUUAUUAUUAGAAUGCAAUGCAAAAAUUGAUGAACAAGAUUCUGAUGGGAUGACAGCAUUACACAAAGCAUAUAAACAAAAUCAUAAAGAAAUUGUUAACCUAUUAUUAUCAUUUGGAGCCAACGAAACCAUCAAAGAUAAAAAACAACAAACACCAAUCGAACUAACCAGUUCAAAAUAA